GGGCACUUAAAAGAAAAGUCAUAGUGUCAGUAACUGGUGAAUAUCUAUUCAUAUCUAUUUUUUUAAAUAUAGGAGUUAACAAUCUCUAUGUCUUGGCCAGCAAUUUAGUGUGUGGCACAAAUGUCUAUUUGUCUUAUAGAGCAUUCACAUUUAAUUCACCUUUAUCUCAAGGGCAGAAACUAAACACCAGAUCACCACAUACCUCACCCUCUGCCAUUAGCUUACCUGUUCUGGGAUGAGCAUCUGGUGGUCAGCUGAUACGCUGUGUGUUGUUCAAAAUAAUACUCCUCUAGAUCCAAUAGCAAGAGCGAGAAUCUAAUGGAUGCAUUGCAGACAAAUAUAAAUAUAUUUUCAAAUAAAGGAUAUGCCUCAUAUUUACUUAAGCUUCGACAGAGAAAAGCAAAUGUUCCUCAAUGUAAACAGAAGUAUAAGCAAUUAAACACGACUGAAUGUUUCCAUAGGGCUAUCUGAAAUUCCGACCGCGAGAGCAGCCUAACUUAGGCUAGAGGAAACAUCUUGAAAGGAAAACAUUCUUGAGGGCCUUUCUUACAUGGACUAUAGGCCUUUGAUAUUACCUUGUUUCAACGUAGCCUAUGCAUAAAAUACAACCUACAGUAGAUGACACGGUACCAACGCAUCAGACUACAUGAAAUGAUGUCAGGCCUGCAAAACAUACGAUCCAGCGACCUCAAUUCAUAGCUUACGCCCGCAGUCAAAGCUACUGCCCGGACGACGAGGUGACGGGCUGAGUCCAGUCACGUCCCGUAAUGUGCAGUUCUUCUCAAAGCUACACUUCUGGCCAGCCUCCAUCCAGAAUCAUGAGGGUGCUCUCUCUUGCCUGCCUACUUAUAGCACUCAGUGGAAUACCUGCAGCUGUUGUUCCACAGAAUGACAAGAAAAGAAAUGAUAGGCCAAUCAUCGGCAUAUUGGCACAAGAGUUAAAAUAUCCUGAGCCUAAGCGUAAUUCCUACAUUGCUGCAUCUUAUGUCAAAACUCUGGAGGCUGCAGGAGCACGCGUCGUGCCUGUGAUGGUUAAUCGGACUGAAGAAGAAUACCGUCAUUUGUUCAACUCUAUCAAUGGUAUUCUUCUCCCGGGUGGAGCUGCAAACCUUAUGACAUCAGGAUAUGCUAAAGCAGCUCACAUCUUUUACAAAUUUGCUUUGGAGGCCAACUCCCAGGGUGAUUACUUCCCAGUGUGGGGUACUUGUCUGGGAUUUGAACAGCUGUUGGUAAUUACAAGUGGAGAAACUCUGCUGUGUCGAACUAACACCAGUGGAGUGUCUCUGCCACUGGAGUUCACACAAGAUGCCGCUGAGAGCAAACUCUUUAAAGAUUUCCCACCAGAGGUGAUGACAGCUCUGGCAACUGAAAACAUCACAGUGAAUUUUCAUAAGUGGAGCAUCUCCAUGGAGAAUUUCACCAAGAGCGAAGAGCUGAGAAACUUCUACAAAAUCUUAAGCACCAAUACAGAUGGAAACAUAGAGUUCAUUUCAACAAUGGAGGCAUAUGACUAUCCUAUAUAUGGAGUCCAAUGGCACCCUGAGAAAAAUGCGUUCGAGUGGAGUCAGACAUACUACCCUCACACACCAUCUGCAAUCAAAACCACCUUCUACAUGGCAGACUUCUUUGUCAAUGAGGCAAAGAAAAACUUACAUUCCUUUGCCAGUGAAGAGGAGGCGCUGAAGCAUCUGAUCCAGAACCACAAUCCAGACUUCUCUGGUGGCGAUGGCUCUUCUUUCCUACAAAAGUAUUACUUUGAGUAAACCAAAAUAAAUGUAUGUUUGUUGUGGACAUAUCAUAAAUAAAAAAUAAAAAAAUAUC